AUGUCGACCAGCUGGGACCAUUCGCAGCAGCACAAUGGCAACCACCGGCGUGACGACGGCGUGCGCCCGCACCGGCGGCCGCGGUACAACGACGACUACAGGGGCCACCGGUCGGGCGUGGUGGAGUGGACGGUGGCGGUGGUGUUCACGGUGCUGGCCGUGGUGGUGCUGCUGGCGGCGGUGGCCGUGCUGGUGGUGGUGCUCCUUCUCCAGCCCCGGUCGCCGUACCUCGCCGUCCGGACGGCGAGCCUCGACGCGCUCGUCUACGACCAGAACGGCGCGCUGGACGACGUGCAGCUGUCGCUCCUCGUCGAGGCCCGCAACGGCAACGCGCACUCCGCCGCGGCGUUCUCGCGCCUGGAGCUCCGGCUGUCCUUCGGCGGCGGCGUGGUCCUCGCCAAGCUCCGCGCCGACCCGUUCCAGCUGCCGCCGAAGGGCACCCUGCCACUGGCCUACGUGGCGCGCUCUCAGGGCGUCCCGCUCGACGCCACCCGGAGCGCCGCCGUGGAGGCCGCGCUCCGCGACGGCGUCGUGCCGUUCCGGGUGGACGGGGAGGCGAAGACGGCGUGGAAGAUCGCCGGGCUCGUCGGCAUCCACCACUGGACGCGGAUGGCAUGCGAGCUCCGGUUCUUCUGGCCCAACGGCUCCGCGCUCCACUUCAGCUGCAACUCCAAGUCCAAGUUCUUGUUCUGA